AUGCUAAUUUACUUUCUCCUUUUUCUUCUUCGUCUUCUUUUUCUUUCUUUGCUGUUAAUGACGAUUUCAAAAUUACCGCUCGAAAUCUUCUUGGUCAUUGGUGAUUUUCUUGGAACAAAUGAUCAAAAAGAAUGCUCGCUAGUAUGUAAAAUCUGGAAAGAGACUUUUCAACGAGUUUUGUGGAAAGAAUUGAAGAUCAGUAGCCACGACUGGAUAUUCAGAUUUCACAAGUGUGUCAAAAGGGGAGCCUUGACGGAGAAGGGCCGUUACGUACAAUCGAUCAAAGUAGUCGACCUAGAUUCUCCUAUGGAUACUUUAAUUCCAAUGCUGAUCAGACGUUUCCCCAACGUAAAGAAAUUUGAGCACAAAAGGGCGGAAACCUACAACGAUCAUUUUGUCCAGACCAAUUUUAGUGGAUGGAAGUUAUUGACACACAUGUCUAUAGAAUUUGAUACUUAUGCCGUUAUAUCAGAUCCAUUAAAGCUGUUUGAGGCAUUGAGUGUUUUGCCGUCCCUCACUCACCUUACAUUAAGUCAGACGCAUCAUUCGGUUGAUAGAAAAAACUUUACUUGGAGAACACUUGAAAAACUUCACUACUACCUGCCACGACUACAAUACCUAAAGUGCUGGAUGUGUCUUCAAAAGAUAGAUUAUGCAGAAAUCAAGGAAUUCACAAAAGUAAAACCCGCGAAGGCCAUAAAAAGCAUCUACUUUGGGUUUGACUCGUUCGAUGGUAUCUGGAUGUACUUUAUAUCAUCAAUAUAUCCUUUACUGGAGACUUUUGAUCUGAUGGUAGAAGAAGGAUCUAUAGAGCCUACUCCAUCAGACCAAAAAGCACUCGAUAGACUUCUGGCUCUGCCACCGUUUUGUCCUUUCCUAAAACGGAUUUACCUGAAAACUUACGAAGUCGACGGAAUGCAGAUGUCUUUUAUCUUAAAUAAUAUUGCCAAGAGUGGGGCUAAGAUCGAGCAUAUCGAAAUAAGUUGCUUUAUCAACCUCCAUGCCCCUGUCCUUCCAGCCAACCAGACAGCUUGUACACAACUAUUUUCUGAGUCGCUAAAGAGUCUAAGACUCAUUGCCCACUCAUAUGACGAGUGCAUGACUUUUGGAGACUUCUCUGACCUAGGUGCGCAUGGAUUUUCGAAUCUUGUUCACUUAAGAAUAUACUGCGAUUAUGAGGAAUUUGGAGUGGAAGAUAUUCUGUAUGGAUGCCAAUCUUUGAUCGAGCUUGAGCUAGAUAAUGCCCAGCUUUCCGUCAACAAGGAUUUCCCGAAGCAUACGACUGCUUUAAGACAUGGACUAUUACGCCUGAAACUUUUUGAAUCGCUCGUCCAGCCAGGGUUUUUUGAGUACAUAUCAAAUUGCUGCAGACAACUGGAGUACUUUAGUUUGAAGGAUGUUGAGAUAGAAAGCCCAACCUUUGAAGAACCUGAAUACCUAGCCAUCAGAAUGCCAUUCACUCAACUUUCGACAUUAUUAUUAAUCAACCUAAAGAUGUACACGAAUUCUAAUCUCUUAUCCGGUACUGUGCACAUCAGGCCUGACAGUACUUUGUCCGACGAAGAGGAUGGACACCUUGUAGAGGUUUAUCUUAGUUACUCAAGGACCGGAAAAAGUUAUACUCACACAACGACCGGCAAACUAACCACCACAUGGGAUCGGACGAAAAAUGACGUACCUAAAGGUGUCUUUUAUUUCAGAGAUUAUUCUAGAGAACGAAAUCGGAUAUACCGAGCCAUUUACCAUCCAUAUGAAGGUCUCGACGAUGAUGUGACUUAUACGCCAAUUACCGGGAAUUUCUCCACCGCUUUAAGUAAUACGAAUGAAAAUAAGGAGGAAGUUUAG